AUGUCAACCCUCUCCGACGACACGUUGCGCAGGAUCCUGGCCCAGAUACAGCAGACUGCGCUCCAAUCGCAGCGUUCGCUGAACAUCACGAAGCAGCAAAUGACCGCAAAAGAGCGCGAGCGGCGGAUCGUGCAGCUCACCCAGGAGGAGAUCGGCAGCAUCCAAGGCGACGUCAACCUCUACAAGGGCGUCGGCAAGAUGUUCAUGAUGGUCCCGCGACCGGUUAUGGAGCAGCAACUCAAGGACGAGGAGAAGGACCUGUCGGACGAUAUCAAAAAUCUCGAGAAGAAGAGCAAGUAUCUAGAAAAACAGUUCAACGAUGCGCAAGGCCAGCUGCGGGACAUUUUCAACAGCGCACCCAAACAGUGA